CCUGCUUGCAACCUUCCUGCAAAGAUGAAGGGACAGACACUGGCGCUGGCGCUGGCCCUCGCGCUGCUGGUGUCGGCUUCUCAGGCCCGUCGCCUCGGGGGGGGAGGAGGAGGAGGAUUUGGGAUUGGAGGCGGAGGUGGAGGCGGCCACAACGGCGGCGGUAAUGGAGGCCACCACGGCGGAGGAGGCAGUGGAGGCCACCACGGCGGAGGAAGCAGUGGAGGCCACCACGGCGGAGGAGGCAGUGGAGGCCACCACGGCGGAGGAGGCAGUGGAGGCCACCACGGCGGAGGAGGCAGUGGAGGCCACCACGGCGGAGGAGGCAGUGGAGGCCACCACGGCGGAAAUCACAACGGUGGAACUGGUGGAGGCUUUGGAGGAGGAGCUGGUGGAGGGCACAACGGAGGUGGAGGAUUCGGAGGCGGCGGGGGAAUUGGAGGCGGAUCCGGAGGAGGAUUUGGAGGCGGCGGGGGAAUUGGAGGAGGAGCCGGAGGAGGAUUUGGAGGCGGCUUCGGUGGUUAAACUCCUGAUCACGCAACAUAAAAAAGGUGAUAAAAAAUGAAGCAAGCACUUUCCAGUAUCCACACAAGCCAGAGUUUUAUAAUUGGUAAUAAAUAAUGUAUGUUAGCA